AUGUCAGUACAACAAGUAUCGUGGAGUUUUCUCCGACGCACAGUCCAGCGAUCGCAGAGCCUGACGGCGACGAUUGACGCUGCUCGCUUCGUCACCACACGGAGGUCUAUUCACUAUGCGCGAAGCAGUGUAUCUGCCAUAACACCAUCUCAAAAACGUCGCAGGCCGACUCUACAUCUGAAUCAUCAGACGUCAGGUCUACCAAAGAUCAAUGGACCGUCUACGGGCAAUAAGCGAUCUAUAUUCAUCCAGACGGAAUCGACGCCGAACCCGGAUGCUCUCAAAUUCUUGCCUAACAAUCGUGUCUUGCCGGAGAACUUCUCGACCCCCUUUCUAGAAUACUUGUCUCCGAGGUCAACUCUCGCUCCGCCGCACCCUUCACCACUAGCAGCCAAACUACUCAAUAUCGAAGGCAUCUCAUCCGUCUUCUAUGGACCUGAUUUCAUCACAGUGACCAAGUCAAGCGACGUCAACUGGGCGCAUGUCAAACCCGAGGUCUUUAGUCUGAUCACCGAGGUCGUCACCUCCGGCGAACCGAUUGUGAAUACCGUUGAGCACACAUCCGGCGCACAAGAUGCACAGGAAGGCGGCGGUGAGGAUACCCUGGGAUACAAUGAAGAGGAUGACGAAGUAGUCGGAAUGAUCAAGGAGUUGUUGGAGACUCGCAUCCGACCAGCUAUCCAGGAAGAUGGAGGUGAUAUCGAGUUUCGUGGAUUUGAGAAUGGAAUUGUCCUGCUAAAGUUGCGAGGAGCUUGUCGUACUUGCGACUCGAGUACCGUUACGCUUAAGAAUGGUAUCGAGUCGAUGCUUAUGCAUUACAUCGAGGAAGUCCAAGGAGUACAGCAAGUUCUGGAUCAGGAAGAAGAAGUGUCGAUGCACGAGUUUGCCAAAUUCGAGGAGAAAUUGCGACAGCAAAAGGGUCCAGGUGCUACGGCGUCAUCUCCAGUAGAUGGGGCCCAAGCCUGA